CUUCACCACCCCUGCAUGCAGACAAAUCCUGCAGGCUGCUGCUGCUGCUGCUGCUGCUGCUCAUCGCCACUCGCCGUCUCUUGCACCCAGUUAGUCUUUUUCUUGCUUGCGGUCGCCGGCUUUCGGGGUUCUUGGGGCAAGCCAACCCUCUUCAUUGCGGUUUUGUUGCCUUCUCCAUUGCUGCCGCAUUUGAGCGCUACCCUCCAAACGCAGUCAAGAACGCACGGCCAAGCCAGCAGCAGCCAGCAGCUAGCCAAAUCUUGGGAGAUUUCUGCUAUUCUUUACUCUUUUCUUUUACUGAACUUAUGCACAUUCUCACACAGAGAUGAGGAGGAUUAGUUUAGUCCAGUAGAAGUCUAGAAGAAGGAGAAAGAAGAGGAGCUAGGGCCUCUUCACCAAGAGCCCCCACACCAGCUGGUCUUCUCUUCUGUCCCUGGCCCCCCCUGAAAUGAUGGUGUCUUCUUCUUGGCUAGAUGGCCAUUGCUGAGCUUUGGAGUUCAGUUCAGUGAAGUGUGCUACUAGCUAGCUGGGCUCUGUUCUUGUGUGGUGGUGGCUUAGCUCUCCUGCUCUUCGGAGGAGAGAGCCCCAGCCAGAUCCGUUUGCAGGAUGGGUUCCAUGAAACUGGGCUCCAAGCCGGACGCAUUCACGAGGCGAGGGCAAGCAUGGUUCUGCACAACAGGGCUUCCCAGUGAUGUUCUUGUUGAGGUUGGGGAGAUGUCUUUCCACCUUCACAAGUUCCCCCUACUUUCAAAGAGUGCCAUUCUAGGAAGAUUGAUCGAGGAGAAUUCAGACAGAGAUGAAUGUGUCCUCAAAUUGUCUGAUAUCCCGGGAGGCGCAAAAUCAUUCGAGUUAGUCGCGAGGUUCUGUUAUGGGCUGAAGAUAGAACUGUCUUCAGAAAAUGUUGUCUACCUACGCUGCGCAGCUGAAUAUCUUGAAAUGACAGAAGAAACAUCUGGGGAUAAUCUGAUCAACCAGACAGAAUCAUUCUUCAACCAAGUAGUCCUCAGAAGCUGGAAGGAUUCCCUGGAAGCGCUUCGGACAUGCGAUGGCCUUCUCCCUCAUGCUGAAGACCUUCACAUCAUGAAGAGAUGCGUCGAAUCACUAGCUGGCAAGGCUAGCAUUGAUCCAGACCUCUUUGGCUGGCCAGUCUCAGAACAUAGCACCAUGCAAAGCCCUGGGGGAAGUGUCCUGUGGAACGGUAUAAGCACCGGUGCGAAGGUCAGGAACUGCAGUUCGGAUUGGUGGUAUGAUGAUGCUUCAUCCUUGAGCUUCCCUACAUACCAGAGGCUUAUUUCGUCUAUGGAAUCAAGAGGCACCAAACCGGAGAUCAUCGCGGGUUCGCUAACAUACUAUGCCAAGAAGUUUCUUCCUGGAUUGAAUAGGCGCCAAAGCACAGGACCAGUGCCCCUGCCUGCUGCUGCCCUGUCUGAUGAAGAACAAAGGCACUUGCUUGAAGAGAUUGACAGGAUGCUGCCUCUCCAGAGAAGUUUAAUAUCCACAAAUGUUUUGCUCUGGCUGCUUCGAACCGCGAUGAUUCUGAAAGUUGAUCGUGCCUGCAUUUCAAACCUGGAGAAAAGAGUUGGAAUGCAGCUGGACGAAGCCACGCUAGAGGAUCUGCUGCUGCCAAACUUCUCAUACACCAUGGACACACUCUACAAUGUCGAGUGCGUGCACAGGAUUCUUGACCACUUCUUGGCAAUGGAUCAGACCGCCGGUGGCGCCUCGCCAUGCCUGGAUGAUGUGAUGGCGUCUCCUUCGUUGGCACCGAUCACCGCUGUCGCGAAGCUGAUCGAUGGCUACCUUGCGGAGAUUGCACCGGAUAUCAAUCUGAAGCCACUGAAAUUCCAGUCUCUGGCUGCUGCUUUACCUGAAUAUGCCCGGCCACUGGAUGAUGGGCUUUACCGCGCCAUUGAUGUAUACCUGAAGUCGCAUCCUACGCUGGCUGAAGCUGAUCGGGAGCAGCUAUGCCGGCUGAUCGAGUGCCAGAAGCUGUCCCUGGAGGCGUGCACCCACGCGGCGCAGAACGAGCGGCUGCCGUUGCGCGUCGUGGUGCAGGUCCUCUUCUUCGAGCAGCUCCAGCUGAGGACGUCGGUGGCAGGGUGCCUGCUCGUCUCCGACAACCUGGAGGCCUCGUCGAGGACGCUGCUCCGGGGCGGCGGGGCGGCGGUGACGUCCGGCGAGGCCGGGGGCUGGGCCACGGCCGCCGUGAGGGAGAACCAGGCGCUCCGGGUCGGCAUGGACAGCAUGCGGCUGCGGCUGAUGGAGCUGGAGAAGGAGUGCUCCGACAUGCGCCACGACAUCCAGAGGCUCGGCCGCCGCCGCCGCGGCCACCACCGCGUCGGCGUCGCCGCCAAGGACGGCGCCGGCGCCGGCGGCGGCUGGGCGGCGCGGGUGCAGCGCAUGCUCGGCCCCAAGAUGAUGAAGCUGCAGAUGUGCAGCGCGCAGGCGCAGCAGGACGCCGCCCCCGUCCCCGUCCCCGCCGGGAAGCAGGUGGAGACAAGCACGAGCGAGCAGGAGCAGCACAAGAGGGCGGUGGUGGAGAAGCCGCAGGCGAAGCUUGCCAACCACAAGAAGCAGCAGCUGCCCGUUGACGGCGACGGCGACGGCGACGAUGCCUGAAACCUGAAAGUGAAAGCUUCUCACCGCAUUGUCCUCUGAACUCUCUUUCUGACCACAUUCUUCUUCUUCUUGCUGCUACCGUGUAAGUGUUGUUUACUUCUUGUGCUGGGCUCCUGCGCCAUGAUCAAAGCUUGGUGCAGCGGCUGAUCGAGCUGAUGAGAUGGCUAUCAUGUAGCUAGCAACUAGGGAGUACUCUUGCUUGAGUUGACUGAAGUGGAAUGACAGUGUGAUCACUUGUGACUGUGAAUGACUUCCUGGGGUGGAGUCAAGGGUAGGGCAAUUAGGGCUUAAGCCCUACUCUUAGCUAUAUAAUCUCAUUUAUAUCUUAUUAAUUCACCAUGUAACUUUACAAAUGAAGUACAUGCUAACUCAGCCCUACACCUGAUUAGUUCCUGGU